GGUAGCAAGACACACCAGAAACAUCUUGGCACCUUUCUUAUCCCAGACUCUCACUUUGAACACGUUCAUAUAGAUUUGGUUGCACCACUCCAACAAUCUUAUGGAUAUAAUUGUCUUAACCUGCACUGGCCGUUUUCCAUGGAGGCCCGAAGUAGAGCCACUAAGGGAUAUAUCUGUCGAAACAAUCAUAAGUGGAAUAAUAGAUGGAAAAUUUUCGAUGCUCAAACUCCACAUCAACUGAUCGUGGGCGGCAAUUCGAAAGCAGCUUAUUCUUUGCCCUGUCUAAAAUCAUAGGUUAUAUGCGUUUCAGAACAACAGCCUACCAUCCUCAAGCUAGGACGUCUAAAUUUACAGCCGAUGGCUGGGUUAUCGGCUGCAAACAAUGCACAUUGGACUGAAUCACUACGCAUUGAAACCUGACUCUGGUCAUACUGCUGCCGAGCUAGUGGAUGGUGCAACACUACAACUGCCAGUGGUAGAUCAUGCUUCGUAUUUCACCAGACUUACAGGCGCAUUGCGUUCAGUUAAACCUGCUUCCCUCCGACCAAAAUCCAUGGGCAAUUUUGUUCACCCGUGUUUGAAAAAUUCUUCACAUGUAUUUGUUCGUCGUGACUCUGUAAGUCGCCAUCUGGAACCCAGUUACGAUGGGCCAUAUAAAGUCAUUGAGUGUAUGGACAAAUUCUUUGUCCUACACAAAUGUUCUGGAAGACUCUGUAUGCAUCGAUCGUCUGGAAUCGGCCUACAUAGAAAACAAUACAAUAAGCCUUCAACUGGCAAUUCACAAUAAUACACAAAUAUUCGAAUAUCCAUGAUGUAGAACGUCACAAUAUGU